AGAGACUAGAGAGAGGAGAGGUCUCUUCUGCAUUGAGGGGAAAAAAACCCUAAAUUAGAAAGCACUGUUCAGUUUAUUUGAUUUCUCUUCUCUUUGUUUUGAAUUGCAUUUAGAGAUCUUAAUUUCUUCAAUCCACCAAAAGGUACUGUUAGUGCUUUGGCUAUGGCAAAUUCCAAGGGGUCAGCGAACAUAAGAAAUUUGAUGUACUCAGGGAAACAUCCAUUACUUCCUCCAAAAAGUCCUUUUCCUAGUGUUUCGCCAUCUUACAUUGAUCAUGUUCCCAGCAAUAGUUUUGGAUCAAAAACUGCUCAAAAGCCUAGAGAGGGAAACACACAUCAUCAACGAACUUCUUCUGCGACUCUCUUCAUGGAGGAGCAGCCUUCAUGGCUUGAUGAUCUUCUUAAUGAGCCAGAGACACCUGUUCGUAGAGGUGGUCAUAGGCGUUCAUCAAGUGACUCCUUUGCGUACAUGGAUGUAGCUAAUGCUUCUAACAUAGAUUAUGCAGAACAGGAUGACUACAUAUAUAAACAUGUGAUGUCCAUACCUUCUUGGGGAUCUCAUGACCCUGAUCAUCACCAAGAUGUCAGGCAAGCUUCUCUCUAUUCUGAAAUGAACUUGACAAAACAGAAGAAUAGGGUUUGGGAUUCAUCUUUAAAUGCCCCUACCUUUCCAAGUAGUCAUUCCUCUGUCAGGGAGAAUGCUGGUAUGCAGAGUUCAGGAUCAUCAUGUGCCCCACGGGAAGCAGAUUGUGUUUCGGAGAGUGAAAAGCAAGAUCCACUCGAUGGUCCACAUGAUCCAAAAAUUUCAUUAGCAAAAAAGGACAUUUCAAAUUCCAAGUCUUCUGCAUCAGAUACUGAUACAAAACGUGCUAAACAGCAGUUUGCCCAACGCUCCAGGGUCCGUAAACUUCAGUACAUAGCUGAGCUGGAAAGAAAUGUACAAGCUUUGCAGGCAGAAGGAUCAGAAGUUUCAGCUGAGCUCGAAUUUGUCAAUCAGCAAAAUCUUAUUCUAAGCAUGGAGAAUAAAGCUCUUAAGCAACGGUUAGAAAAUUUGGCCCAGGAGCAGCUUAUCAAAUACUUGGAGCAUGAAGUUCUGGAGAGGGAGAUUGGAAGGCUACGUGCUUUGUAUCAGCAGCAGCAGCAGCAGCAGCCACAGCAAAUGAAACCUUCUAGCCAUCGCCGUAGUAACAGUAGGGACCUGGACUCCCAAUUUGCAAACCUCUCUAUGAAUGCCAAUUCUAGCCGAGACCCUGUGACUGGUUCACUCCGCAUUUAGACAUGUUUUAGUCAUGAGAUUUGAUGUGCCACUACUUUUCCUGCCUCUGGCUUGCAGAGUCUAGCUGUUACCAUAUGACCAUAAUUGCUGUUACCAUUGAGUGGGAUAAAGGCCAGCUUUCAUCCUAUUCUCCACCUGAUUCUCACAUUUUGUUUCUCUUCUUUCUUGUCCUUUUUUAUUCUGAUUAAUAUCCUCAUGUGCACCUGGUGGUCAUUGAUCAGGCAGAUGACUCACCGGAGGUGAUAACUGAGAGAGAGGUUCCUAUUUUGGCCUCUCCUGUAAGUUCAAGUAUCAGAAAUCAGGAAAUUUGUAUUCAUUUCUGACCCAUUUAGAUGAUACACUAUUUGGAAUCUAAUUUUGUGAAGGAUCGUUUGGGUCGAUAUGUAUGCACUGUCUGUAAUGUUAUUCAUAGGAAAUGCUUUCUUGUGAAAUCAUUUCAGUGAAAUCCAUGUUUGCUUCCUGCUCUGUUUAAAUGAUGAGAAAAGCUAUAUUGGGUACAA